GUCAUGUGUUGAAAUGAGAAGUUGUGGGAUGACAAUAUUUAAGGCAAUGAGAAAGUCAUCGGAUAACCACCGUACAUGUGCUGUUAUGAAAAGGUAUGAGAUGUGGAACCUUAUGAGGAAAUUAUGAUGAGAUGAGAUUUACAGUUUUUCACAAUUGCUGAAACACAUUUCUCAAUAUCUUACACACAAAUCCAAAAAUUCAAACAAUAUUCACAAGACCCCUGACUUCCUGCAAAACAAUUGCCUCAAAACAGACCCCGAGUCAAUCAAAAAGGAAAAACACCAUGGAACAGUCAUUACACACAAGAUGGAAAAAGGGAAACACACUGAUCAGAGAUCUUAAGGCAGUAGAAAUCAUCUUUAUUGUUCAGAAUAGAAAUGCAGUUUGGGAAAAAAAAGAAAUCCUGUUUAGCACACGUAGUAAAAAGCUAGACUAUAUUAAAAAAAAAGUACGAGGCCUACAAGUAUAAUAGAAAAUGGAUGUACUGAAACACCUUUUUGUGUACAGCACUGUCUAGUGUCAUACUGUAAACGUACCUAAUGAAAAAAAGCAAUUACCUGUUCACAUCUGAAUCUUCAGCCUAUGGUGGACACCGUGAAUGUGCUUAGGUUGGGCUGCACUUGCUGUCCUGCUUCCCUCAUUGUCAAACCGUGUCAAACUGGCGGCAAAAACAUUGUCUCGCCCCACGGGCCCCCUCAUUGCGGCCCUGCACAUCUGCUUCUUAUUGUUCGAGCUACUGAACCUUUCAUGUUCACCAGAUGCUCAUUAAAUUUAGCAACUUUAAGAGCGUGUGCUGCUAGUGGCUAAUGCUAACAUCACAAACGCACCACGUGAACUGUAAAAUGUUAAACGCCAUCAGUAUGCUUUAUGAUUAUCAUGACAAUCUUUUACUGGAUUGUAAAGCAUCUCUUGUAUACAGCGUUUAUCGCGGGGAUACCUUCCUGACCGACUUGAUUAUAAAGAGAAAUUAUAUAAAAAUCUUUUUGGAAUUAGUUUUACCCUCCAACAUGCUUUAAACACAACUUAUUAAAAGACAUAUUUUAAGGUGUGCGACAUCAUCAGAUAGGGCUAAUGUUGCCAUACCCAUUGUCUAAACAACAAUAGAAACAUCUGCAACUUACCACAAGGUGUUUUCUCAAGUUAGAAGUGGGCUGAAAUAUCCAAGGUUCGGCAGUCACAAUUUAAGGGCUACAUGAUAAAGCUGUUGUUUUUUGAAGUCUGUAAAAUAAACACAGUCGUGUGGCUGUUUUUUCCCCCCCAAAAUGAGUCAUUUUGAUUGGCUUGCGAAGGCGAUGUGCGUGGUCGUGUGACUGCCUUGUGUCAUCUGAUUGGUGAAAAAUGAGUCACUUCGAUUGGCUUGCGAAGGCUACGUACGCGGUCGUGUGACUGUCUUGUGUCGUCUGAUUGGUGAAUUGGAGUCAAAUGACAUUAAUGAUCCCGUUUGAUUGGCGCAACGGGCACCCUAUGCGGAAGUCGCAGAUGGAGUCUAAAAAUAGACGCACACACGCACAAUUGAAUAAAUAAAAGUAGCGAACGGCAUGUCUAUUAUUGUAACUGAGUACAAGUAUCAAUCUUUCUUCACAUAAAUACUCAAAUAAAAGUAAAAAGUAUGGUGCAAUUAAAGUACUCUGACCAGUAAAGUUUAUGGAAAAUGUUACUUGAAUAAAUAUAACGGAGUAAAUGUAACACGUUGCUACCCACCUCUGACUUUGACAAAAUGAAAAUAAAAGCCCAUUUCUUGUCCAUUUUUCCAAAUAAGAGGCACAGUGUGCUUGCUUCAAGCUGUUUGUCACUCCCACAUGAGGUUUACUCUGAAACUGAUACAUUAAACAAAAUAGGAUUGAUUAAACAUUGCAUACUCAAACACCAAAAUGUUCAACCAAACCAUAUAACGAGCCUCUGCUAGGUGUAUACAAUUAUAUAAUGUGAAAUGCCAUAGAUAGGUUAACAUAAAUUGGCAUAGAUGUUACCAUUUUUAUAAACCUUAAAAAAGCAUAGAACAUUUAAAUACCGAAAUGUUCAACCAAGCCAUAUUUCGGCUAACGAAAGUCUAUACAUUAAUGCUGUCAUAUGAGGUGAAAUGCUAUAGAUGGCAUAACAGAAAUUUGGAGAGAUGCGUGUGAGUGUGUGCAAUGCGUGUGCGCUUGCAUGUAUGUACAUCCAUAUGUGUGUGUUUAUGUAUGUGUGUGUACAUGUGUGCGUGUACAUAUGGUAUAACGUUUGUGCAUGCAUGUGUGUCUAGCAAGUGGGUUGCAGUGUGCGUGUGUAUGCAUGUGUGUUUUACAGCAUGCCAGAGGGUGGAGGAAAGUGCUUCAAUUUCAUCUUUACUUUUAAAGCAUCCUGAGCUCCUAGCAGGAGGUAUGAGGGGGGGCCGCCGGGUGCCCCCCCCCCCCCCCAUUAAAAAAGGAGCCAAAGAAUGUUAAUUGCCGACUUACCUGAGGAUCAGCUUUCAUCAGUCAGUUUCACCUCCUUCCAUUUUUCUUCUUGUGGCAUGUCAAUCACUUCUCCUUGUACAUGCACAUCACUACAACAACGCUUCAUCAUCAUCGUCAUUGUGAAGUCACCCCUGGAAUUCUUCACACACCAGGAUGAACAGAUAAUUAUCUGCCCAGUGUGUGGAAAGUUUGGAUUAAAACCCUCCUUUCCCCUCUUUAUUUUACUGCACCCACUCCUGCUGCUUCACUCUUUAGUUUAAUUCCAGCUUCAGUUACCAUCAAUGGCGGUUCCUGGCAUGUUGCAUCACCAUUACAGUGCAUGGACAUGUUGUUCAGAUUGAUUGUGAAUCCCGGAGCUGGUGUUAAAUUGUAGAACACUUCUAUUUUCUGAAAUUAUCUGGACAAAUCCCAUGUAUAUUUGUUUUUAUCCCCAACCAACUCUGUAAAGGAAAGUGGUCACUGAACAGAAUGCUAACCUCGCUCACGAUAAAUAACAGCACGACACAUAAAAAGUACUGUAUGUAAAACAUACAACUACAACUAAAACUACACGGGAACAAUGACUAAUUUAACAAUAAAAAUGUAAUUUACCCUAUUUUACAAAAUUACGCUGACCCGCGAGGCAUGCUUCUAAGUGCAGCUUUAACUCCUGCUGUAGCAUUGGGAAAGUUGGCGCCAGGCAUUCCAGGAUGUAAAUAGGAUCCCAUUUGUAAAUAGUUAUAGUUAAUUACGCAUUUUAUUGUUAAUGGUAACUGUAGUUUGUGUUUUGUCAUAGUGUAAUAAUAGUUGUAUAGAUGUUUAUAUACGUGUUGUGCAUCAUUUUGUUGUACCUUAAGUUAGUGUUCUGUUUAUUUCAUUUUGUGACAAGUUUAUUGCAAAGUAAUUUGAUUAUGAACCUUGUUAAAAAAAAACUCACAAAAAACAAACGGACACCAAUCAUGAUUACAAUAGUGACAAAAAGAUGGGUUACAUCGAAAAACCCAUUAGUUGAGUUCUUCAUCAAAGCCGCUGACACUUAAAGACUUAACGACUCUUUAAAGGCCCACAAAACUGACUUAAAAAUGUCUUGUAAAUUUCACGCACCACAGCAAAGAGUGUUAUUAACAAGCCUGACAAAUUUGAAUGAAUAAAAUCACAAUGUAUGUGAAAUCAAGCUUCAAAAAGAUCAAGAAUUGAGACGUUCUUUCAGCUUCCAGAUGCUGUGGUGUGGUGUGCUGAAUGCUCUGAAAACCCCGCCCCGUGGAACUUUCAGCUGUCAAUCAAAUAUGUUCCUUCUCUGAUGGUUCCUAAGCUGGGAGAGGAGAAUUCCCAGCAAUGGACAUUGCACAUGUUCUCAUGGGCCACAGAGGUGCACUCUGUGGCAGGGGGAACAUUUAGCCUCCGUUAAAAUUCAGCGGGCCGUGCAGCAGGCUGAAGGGGGCACCACACGCGGCCACAGCAGUGCGAUGCUCUGCGGUCCGGCCUGGGUAUUGCAUUUUUUUUUCAUCCUCCUCCUCACUCCAAGACGUUGUGAUCGGCAACUGUGAGGAUGACAGCCCUAACGCCGUUGCGCCGGACCGGCGGCGGCUACUAUAGCCAACCAUCCGCUUUGCCGCUCGCUGCCUCGCCACACGCCUCCCAUGACGUCACAUCAUGGCAGAUACACUGUCAUCCAAAUAACAUAAAAGACAUUGCACGUCAGGGAAGAUGUAUUUUUUCAGGUUGUAGGCAUAGCGUGAUGGCUAACUGCAUGCUGUAGCGGUAGAACUGGGAAGGUUAUUAGGAAGAAGGAAGUGGCAAUUACGCUGAAUGGCCACGGAAUGGAAUAAGGGCCCUUGGGAGACUUUAAAGACUUAUGACUUGCACAUAUAUGAAUUACUACCACCUCUGUUACAUAGUUAACAUAUUGUAUUUAUAUAAAGUUAGUGUGAGCUUUCUUCUCUUCUUGUUUCUUAGAAGUUGAGGUAACUCCUCCCCUACACACGCACACACACAUACAUGCUCCUCAGACCUCAUGCGAGCUGCAUACCCAAGCACAAGAAAAAGAAGUAGCAGAAGAUGAAGUACGUCCCUGUAGGCUUCUUUGUGUUCUUCUGCUGUUUACUGACAGGAAGUGGAAGCAGCCCUCAGCAGAAGCAGCAUGCAGCACAGGGGGUGGUCGGGGGGAUGACACGGGGAUUGACCUGGCGCCACAACGGGCAGGUCUUCAGCAUCCUGAGUCCGGGGUCCCGCUACCAGCCUCUCGCCCACAGCAGAAGCUCCUCCGGUAGCGUACUGCUGCUUGGCGGAGGUAACGGGACCUCAGCCGCAAUCCGAGCCCCCCCACGAGUCCCCGCGGCUAGUGGCGGCGCACAUUUACGAGCUGUUGCGCGUCAGCGACUGCCACCAAGAGCAGAUUCAAGAUCAGACCUAAGAUCCGAUUCUGCAGAGGACCGUAUGGUCGGAGACGACCCAUACAACCCGUACAAGGCAUCCGACUACUACCGAUACUACAAUUACUACAACUCCUACUACAGACCCAGGGCAUGGACCCGACACUGGCACGGCUAUGGAACAAGGUACCACCAGAACGGUCUUCCCGAUCUGGUUCCUGACGCCUACAACAUCCAAGUGAGCUCGUACAUCCACAGAAUUCCCAUGUACAACCUACGCUGUGCGGCAGAGGAGAACUGCCUAGCUUCUUCCGCGAGGUCUGCUGGCGAUUACGACACGAGGGUUCUGCUGAGGUUCCCUCAGCGCGUGAAGAACCAGGGAACCGCAGACUUCCUGCCCAACAAAGCCCCAUACUCAUGGGAGUGGCACAGCUGUCAUAAUCACUUUCACAGCAUGGAUGAUUUCAGUCUGUACGAGCUGGUGGACGGAGAGACCAACAAAGCAGUGGCGGAAGGACACAAAGCCAGCUUCUGUCUGGAGGACACUUCCUGUGAGGCCGGUUACUACCGGAGAUACGCCUGCACCUCACACACGCAGGGUUUGAGUCCAGGCUGUUACGACACAUACAAUGCCGACAUCGACUGUCAGUGGAUCGACAUCACCGACGUGGCUCCGGGGAAAUACGUACUCAAGGUGACCGUCAAUCCCAAGAAGAAAGUUCAGGAAUCUAAUUUUGCCAACAAUGUGGUCCACUGUGACGUCCACUACACGGGAAACGCUGUCCACAUGUCGGCAUGCGAGACCACAGCGUAAAUAAGAGCUGACCUUCAACAUGGAUUAUGAAACUUUUUGAUCACUUUUAAGAUGACUUGAUGAUUUAAUUUGAAAAAACAACAUCUACUGUAUUUAACUUGAAUUUUAAAUGCCAUCAUUCAAAUAAACUUGACACCUCUA